AAAUGGAUCAUUUUUAGUUUUAGUUUCGUAAAAAGCAGACUAAAUUCUGUGUCCAAGGGAAAUUUCCAGUUAAAAUAAAAACCAUAAAAAAAAAAGCGUAAAAAUAAGUUUUUGGCACAUCCUUUCUUUUGCAACUUUUUAUAGAACCCGCCACCAAGAUGAUGCUCUCCACCUAUCAGCACGACUACGUUCCGCCCAAUGCCAAGCGGUACGAGUUCCUCACGCGACCCAAGGGCUUCGAGGGCCACGAUGGGCCGAAGGUCGUCGAGUGCCAGUGCAUCGACGAGUCCAAGAUCCAGAUGCCGCCGAGUGCUUCCAAGGACUGCGGCGGCGUUGAGUGGACGGGCAUCGCGCCAAUGGGCAAGCUUGUGGAUCCCCGCCUCAUUCCCACACAGCUGACCCAGGAUCAGGUGGACAAGAUGGCCUUCUCGGCGGAGACCGACUGCUUCAAGCUGCAGCCGAACCGCUUCCUCAAGAUCCUGCGCACCGUCUAUCCGGAUCUGUACGAGCGCCUCAAGGUGAUGCCCAAGGAGGAGCUGAGCCGCCGGCUAGAGACCGACCGCAUGUUCACCACCUACCAGAUCGACUACUGCAACAUGAACGAGUAUCCGGAGGGCAUCUACGAGAGCCUCAAGACCGAGGACGAGUCGAAGAACGCCAGCAAGCUGAUGAGCGAGCGCGGACCCUGCAACGAGUUCCGUUCGAAUGUGAUGAACGAACUGGAGCGGGAGUCGUCCACCACCUACGAGGUGUCGAACGCCGAGUGCCAGAAGACGUACAAGCCCUUCAAGACCAGCUUCUCGGACUCCUCGCAGACCAUCGAGUCCGGCAGCAGCUCGCACUGGAACUCUGCCCCGACCACGUACCGCAAGAUGCCGACCUUCAGCGAGUACAUGGACUCGAUCAGUCGCAACGGAUGCGUCAUUAUGCGCAACAAGCUGCAUGACCAUUCCAAGUGCUUGGCCAAGUACUGCAAGCACGAGCUAAAGUUCACUUGCAACGACAUGAAGUGAAGUGUGAAGUGUCUGUGGUUAUGUGCAUCUCUAUUCGAUUAAAUUUGUGUGAACACGAAAA